AGUCCCAGAAGAGGAGAGGGAAGCAGGAUGUCACAGCUGAGCCUAUCCUGGCUGGGACUGGGGCCUGAGGUGGCCUUCCCCUGGCAGACCCUGCUACUGCUUGGGGCCUCCUGGAUCCUGUCCCGAAUUCUGAUCCAGAUCUAUGCUGCCUAUGGGAACUACCGUCGCCUCCGUGGCUUCCCUCAGCCCCCCAAACGGAACUGGCUUAUGGGCCAUGUGGGCAUGGUAACUCCUACAGAACAGGGCAUGAAGGAAUUGACUCAGUUGGUGGGUACCUACCCCCAAGGCUUUUUGAUGUGGAUUGGGCCAAUGGUUCCUGUUAUUACUCUGUGCCAUUCUGACAUCGUUCGAUCUAUCCUCAAUGCCUCAGCUGCUGUUGCACUUAAGGAUGUGAUAUUCUACAGCAUCCUAAAGCCUUGGCUCGGGGAUGGGCUCUUGGUGAGUGCUGGUGACAAGUGGAGCCGCCACCGUCGCAUGCUGACACCCGCCUUCCAUUUCAACAUCCUGAAACCCUAUGUGAAGAUUUUCAACGACAGCACCAACAUCAUGCAUGCCAAGUGGCAACGGUUGAUUUCAGAAGGCAAUGCCCGUCUGGACAUGUUUGAGCAUGUCAGCCUCAUGACUCUGGACAGUCUGCAGAAAUGUGUCUUCAGCUUUGACAGCAACUGUCAGGAGAAGUCCAGUGAAUAUAUUGCUGCCAUCCUGGAGCUCAGUGCCCUAGUAGCCAAAAGGCACCAGCAGCCUUUGAUGUACAUGGACCUGCUGUAUAAUCUCACACCUGAUGGGAUGCGCUUCCAUAAGGCCUGCAACCUGGUGCAUGAGUUCACCGAUGCCGUCAUCCGGGAGCGGCGCCGCACCCUCCCAGAUCAGGGUUUGGAUGACUUCCUUAAGUCUAAGGCCAAGGCCAAGACUUUGGAUUUCAUUGAUGUGCUGCUGCUGAGCAAGGAUGAAGAUGGAAAGGUGUUGUCAGAUGAGGACAUCAGAGCAGAAGCUGACACCUUCAUGUUUGAGGGCCAUGACACCACAGCCAGUGGGCUCUCCUGGAUUCUGUACAACCUGGCCAGGCACCCAGAAUACCAGGAGCGCUGCAGGCAGGAGGUGCGGGAGCUCCUGAGGGACCGAGAGCCUGAGGAGAUUGAAUGGGACGACCUGGCCCAGCUGCCCUUCCUGACCAUGUGCAUCAAGGAGAGUCUGCGGCUGCACCCCCCAGUCACGGUCAUCUCCCGAUGCUGCACCCAAGAUAUUGUGCUCCCAGAUGGCCGGACCAUUCCCAAAGGUAUCAUCUGCCUCAUCAGCAUCUUUGGAAUUCAUCACAACCCAUCUGUGUGGCCAGACCCUGAGGUCUAUGACCCCUUCCGCUUUGACCCUGAAAGCAUUAAAGACAGCUCACCUCUGGCAUUUAUUCCCUUCUCGGCGGGGCCCAGGAAUUGCAUAGGUCAGACUUUCGCCAUGAGCGAGAUGAAGGUGGCACUGGCCCUGACACUGCUGCGCUUCCGACUCCUACCCGAUGACAAGGAGCCGCGCAGGCAGCCAGAGCUGAUCCUGCGCGCAGAAGGCGGGCUGUGGCUACGGGUGGAGCCGCUGAGUGCCGGCGCGCAGUGACCUCACACCUGGUCUGGAGCCGCCAGACCAAUUUACCUCUGCGGAUCCCAGAAUGAACAGAACUGUGGCCUAUACCCGAAUCUUAUCGACAGCCAGCAGGGGGCGCUGUGAAUCCAGUGCUUGGGUGAAAGAAGCCAGCUGGUGUCUGAGCCAAAGAAUCUUAAAUUCUUCUAAUUGACGACAGGCCUUAUGAUAAGGUGCAUUCUCCUCCAACCAACCUGGACCACUCUGAACAAUAGGAAACCAAAGGGAGUUCUGAGCAAGAGACCAGAAUGAAAGGCAAAUUUGAACUCUGAUUCUCGCAGCAAAUCUGUUGUAUCAGCUCCAUUUCCGUUACUUUGGCCUCCAUUCUAAUCACUUAAUAGACCUUUCUUCUCUCACCUCAGAAUUACUUUUCUGUGGGCACUAAAUUACUGUGCUUAUUAAACCUUAAGAGCAGCAAA